AGUGCGCACACACAGCACGCACACACACUCUUACACACGGUCAGAGCAGAGCAGAGGAGCUCUCUUCCAGAUCGGUGCCAGACGCACGGUGGCCUCUUUGUUGUUGGGCGAGUUUGCUACCUUUUUAUUCAUUUUUUUUAAAUUAUUAAUAUAUUAUUAUUAUUUUACAUCGGAGACGAGUUUGAGGGCGCAUUUAGACUUGUUUAAGAUUUCUUCACGCAUCCGUGGAAUAUCUAUCCGGGUUUAAUUGGAUACUUCGCGACUUGCAGAAGUCAACUCGAAAAAGUUCGCCCAGGUUUGUUUCUUCCCGACGCAGGAGCGCGCAGCGGCAGCAGCUCGGAGCGCUUCAAGGAAAAAAAAAAAAAAAAAACUUGUCAGUGCGACUUCGUCUGGGGUGUUUUUUUUUUUAAAUUGAGCCGUCCCAGAAAUGGUGGGGCACCUACAUUUACAAGCGAUGGAUGAUAGCCUGAAAGGAAAGAACCGGGAAGGGCUGCUCGACAGCCCGGAUUCGGGGUUGCCCCCCAGUCCCAGUCCACCCUUCUGCUCACUCUCUCCGGGUCUGAUCGAGUCGCGCUCUGGCAGCUGCACGACGCCCGUUGAAAGCCACCAUGGAUAUUACAAGAAGGAAAGCAGAGAAGGAAAACUGCUGCCCUACCUGCUGCUGAACUCCACAGGAACAGACCCAAAGACCCGCAUGCAUCCUGUGUUCUUUGGAGAAAGCAUCGAGGUCAACCCCAAACCAGAGCAGGAAAUCAAGUGUAACUCUGAGGUCAAGUACGACUCUGACAAGCAUUACCAGGACCGGGUUUUCUGCGCCCCCGUUCCCACGCCCACCUCCUUCAGCGAGACAGUGGUGGCGGUGCGGAACUGCACCUGGAGGAGCUACAAGACCCAAGUGUACCUGGAGCCGCGGCAGAGGCCCGUCAGCUACCAGAGCACCACCAUCAUCUACCCGAAACACGCCAAGAACACUUACCGCACCACGCUCAACUACAACGCCACGGGCUCUCGUCGCUGGUUCGUCUCCACAGUGCAGCUGGAAUCCAGUGAGGACACUAGUCCCUGUAUCAUCUACACAGAGGACCUGUAGAGCCCAGACUGCACCGACCUGCAUAGUGACAUGGAACUUGGAAAGGCCCACGUUGAAAGGGAUAUACCUGGAGCCCAUGAAAAAAAAAAAAAAAUCAUAUUUACUGGCCUUGGAGGAAACUUCUUGAACCCUUUAGUGACAUUUCACCUGAGUGUUUUUAGAUUUUCUACGGUGGCAGUCCUUAAAAGGGGCAGUUUAAAGCUGCGCUUCAAUGGUUAAUGUCUUAUUUAAUACAAGAGCUGACAAAUUGGUGACCUUUGCUCUCCUUCUGGUUGGACGGUGUCAGAUUGUGUAUGUAUAUAUAUUUAGGAAAAGUCGAGAUGACAGACGUGUUGGAUUUGAGCCGAGCCUGCCCACUCACACCAAUGCAAAGCUUUCUAAAUAUGGCUCUAUUGCACUUGUUUUCUAUACAUCAUAUUUCUCUCAGAGGACUUGGGAGAAAUGUCAGUGCUGAAAAAUUGGACCAAAGUUAGUUUGAACAGCUUAUCUCCUUCUACACACACUGAGACAGGACACUUGGCUUUUGUUUCACAGCUUUAGUUAGCACCCGUCCGCUCUAGAUUCACCUAAAGAAGGAUCAAUACAAUUGAAGACCGCCAUGAGAAUAUGCUUUGGUCAAGAUUUAGUUUGGUCUCUAAGAGGUGCUGAUGGGCUGAUGAGCAAAAACCAACGUUAACGUAUUGGGGAUAAAUCACACGUAGUAAUUAUUUAUUAAAAGUUAAACCCGCUUCGUGAGGACUGAGUGGAUAUCGGACCACGUGAUGAUUGAGAACAGAGCUUCUCAGAACGGUGGCCAUCUUUGUAUAAUUUGCUGUUUUUCAAUCACUUGAUUUUUUUUUUUUAACUUGCUUUCGUGCCAAAUGGUGGAGUAUGCCACACAAGGAAGUGCCAAAACAAUGUCAAUAAUAAGGGGGAAGCAGCUUAUACAAGAGUUCUGUGCCAACUUCUCUCUGAAACUCAAACACAAAAACAAGAACCAUUUCCAGCUUCUGUUUGUUUGAGGGUUUAGUGCUACAAGCGGUCGACAUGUACCUUUUUUGGCCUCUCCCAUCCUGGAGCCGUCACUAAUUUUGUACAUGAAGCAACUCAGUGUUAGCUUUAAACCAAACCCUGUUUCAGGUCAAAAACAUACAGUUUUGUGGGAGUAAACUCACCAUUAAACUCAGUUUGGCUGUAACGCCUGACAAUCGUUUUUUUUUUUUUUUUUUUUAAAUGUAGGUAAGAAUCAGAUAUUUAACAGCCACCCACCUUUGUAUAAGAACUAGUUCCUGUGAUGUGACCUGAUGGCAUUGUUAACACUUUCAAAAGGCUUGGCUUCAUAAAAAGCUGGAGUGCUUUGUGUUGUUUUCAGACAUCAACGUGUAAAAAGUGAAGCCCCAGUAGAGUUCCCUGUUGAAGAUGAAAGAGUUAUUCUCUGAGCAUUUUUACUCCUUCUUUGUGUGUCUGUCUUAUAUAUAUAUAAAUAUAUAUAUAGUUUAUUGAACAUGGCAAAUAUUGAAACUUUACCUCAAAUUUUCUUAGGUAUCGGUUUUAUGUCACUGCAGAAAUGUAUAUUCCUGAUUUUCAGUUGAGGUCUAUGAGCGUUUGUUCUAUUUUUCUAGUUUGAGACUCCCUCCAGAGAAGUGUACAGUAGGAAGGACGAGGAGGGACCGAAGCUUAGGAUUGAAUCAGUACUGUGAGAAGGGAUUUAUACUGAAAGGGAAGAGGAGGCGGCGAUACAAAGAGCAAGAGGAGAGGAGCGAGGAAAUUGUUUCGGAGAUGUGUUUUUUGUUUUUUCAAACUGUAAAUUUUCCUCGUAAGAGUCCGGACGUGUUGAUGGUCAGUGAUAUGUCAGAGGACGAUAAGAGAAAGUUGUCAGAAAGAUUUCGCGCGAGAGCCUUUUGUGUUUGCUAACACUUGAUUUUGUUACUGUAAAAUAUUUUCCUGUUGUAUAUGUGGCAUCGAGGCACUUCAUAAUUCUCUUUAUAUUUUUGUACGUCAAUCAUUGUUCCUGUUCUGAUCAAAGAAAAUAAUUUAAAAAGAUGUAUAUCCUAAAUGAAUAUUAAUAAUAAAAAACAAUUCCCAAACCUUAA